CUUCCCCUCUCCCCGGCCAUGGCCCCCGCGGCUUAGGCACCUCCUCCGCCGCCGCCGCUCGGAGCAAGCCGGGGGCCGGAUGGACGGGGCCGCGGGGCCCGGUCAGGGCCCUGCUCAGGAGGCCCUGCAGUCCUUGAGCCAGCGGCUUCGGGUGCAGGAGGAGGAGAUGGAGCUGGUAAAGGCAGCCCUGGCUGAAGCCCUCCGCCUGCUGCGACUGCAGGCACCCUGCACCCCCUUGCUGGGCUCUGGAGCACCAGCUCCCACAGGGGACAGUUCGACAGUUCCCCCAGGACUGCCACUCACGUGCAGUCCCACCUUGGUGAGCCGAGGCACCCAGACAGAGACAGAGGUGGAAAUUGAGUCAUCCCCUGGACCUCCUGGCCUGAGCAACGGGCCCCCAGCCCCUCAGCGGGGCAGUGAAGAGCCUAGUGGGACCCAGUCUGAAGGAGGGGGCAGCAGCAGUAGUGGCACGGGCUCCCCUGGCCCCCCGGGAAUCCUCAGGCCUGUACAGCCCCCACAGCACAUUGACACGCCACGGAGAAAUUCCUCCUCCUCGUCCCCCUCAGAACGGCCACGGCAGAAGCUCUCCAGGAAGGCAGCUUCCUCGGCCAACCUGUUAUUGCGGUCAGGGAGCACAGAGAGCCGUGGGGGGAAAGACCCCCUCUCUAGUCCUGGGGGCCCUGGAUCUCGGAGGAGCAAUUACAAUUUGGAGGGCAUCUCAGUGAAGAUGUUCCUUCGUGGCCGCCCCAUUACCAUGUACAUACCAUCUGGCAUCCGUAGCCUUGAAGAGCUGCCCAGCGGCCCACCCCCGGAGACCCUCAGCCUUGACUGGGUUUAUGGGUAUAGGGGUCGUGACUCCCGCUCUAAUCUGUUUGUGCUGCGCUCUGGGGAGGUAGUCUACUUUAUCGCCUGUGUGGUGGUGCUGUACCGGCCCGGAGGAGGCCCAGGGGGCCCUGGAGGUGGUGGCCAGAGACAUUACCGGGGACACACAGACUGCGUUCGAUGCCUUGCUGUUCACCCUGAUGGUGUUCGGGUAGCCUCAGGACAGACAGCUGGAGUGGAUAAGGAUGGAAAGCCCCUGCAACCUGUGGUUCACGUCUGGGACUCAGAGACACUGCAGAAGCAGCAGGAGAUUGGACUGGGGGCCUUCGAGCGGGGUGUGGGGGCCCUGGCCUUUUCAGCUGUGGAUCAGGGCGCUUUUCUUUGUGUGGUGGAUGAUUCCAAUGAGCACAUGCUGUCAGUGUGGGACUGUAGCCGGGGAAUGAAGCUGGCGGAGAUCAAGAGUACAAAUGACUCAGUCCUGGCUGUUGGCUUCAGCCCUCGUGACAGCAGCUGCAUUGUCACUAGUGGGAAAUCUCACGUCCACUUCUGGAAUUGGAGUGGUGGAGCAGGGAUUCCUCUGAACGGAACCCUUACCCGGAAACAGGGUGUCUUUGGGAAAUACAAGAAACCCAAGUUUAUUCCUUGCUUUGUAUUCCUCCCUGAUGGAGACAUUCUCACUGGGGACUCAGAGGGAAAUAUUCUCACAUGGGGGCGGAGCCCCUCAGAUUCCAGGACCCCAGGCAGGGGUGGGGCCAAAGAGACCUAUGGGAUUGUGGCCCAGGCCCACGCUCACGAAGGUUCCAUUUUCGCCCUGUGUCUCCGGCGGGAUGGGACAGUGCUGAGUGGUGGCGGGCGGGACCGCCGGCUGGUACAAUGGGGGCCUGGUUUGGUGGCUCUCCAGGAGGCUGAGAUUCCUGAACACUUUGGGGCUGUGCGGGCCAUUGCUGAAGGGCCUGGUUCUGAGCUGCUGGUGGGAACUACAAAGAAUGCGUUGCUGAGGGGAGAUCUGGCCCAGGGCUUCUCCCCUGUAAUCCAGGGCCACACUGAUGAGCUCUGGGGGCUCUGCACACACCCCUCCCUGAACCGCUUCCUCACAUGUGGCCAUGACCGACAGCUCUGCUUGUGGGAUGGGGAGGGCCACGCGCUGGCCUGGAGUAUCGACCUCAAGGAGACUGGUGUUUGUGCUGACUUCCAUCCGAGUGGGGCAGUUGUGGCCGUGGGACUGAACACAGGGAGGUGGUUGGUUUUGGACACAGAAACCAGAGAGAUCGUGUCUGAUGUAACUGAUGGCAACGAGCAGCUCUCAGUGGUCCGGUACAGCCCAGAUGGGUUGUACCUGGCCAUCGGUUCCCAUGACAACAUGAUCUACAUCUACAGUGUCUCCAGUGACGGUGCCAAGUCUAGCCGCUUUGGCCGCUGUGUGGGUCACUCCAGCUUCAUCACUCAUCUUGACUGGUCCAAGGAUGGGAACUUCAUUAUGUCCAAUUCUGGGGAUUAUGAGAUUCUUUAUUGGGAUGUUGCUGGAGGCUGCAAGCUGCUGAGGAAUCGCUAUGAGAGUAGAGACCGCGAAUGGGCUACCUACACCUGCGUACUGGGCUUCCACGUCUACGGUGAGCAGGGGCGUGGAACCUUGCGGGACGGGUAGGGGACAAGGUGGAGCCGCGCCUGGGCUCGGGACGCCGGGCGGGUGUCGUGGCGGGGUGGGGGGGCGCCCAGAAACAUGCGGGUCCAGCUCGGG